ACCUUGAAGGUUCGCCUACUAAAUAUUCAGGAGGAAGAUAAGCUAACGACAUCGUCAACUGGCUGUUGAAAAAAACCGAUCCACCGGCCAAAGACGUUUCUUCCGUAGACGCUGCCAAAGAGUUUAUCGAUGCCAAUAACGUCGUCGUCCUAGGUUUCUUAAAGAUCAAACCACCGAAGCCGCCAAGGCUUUCUUGGACAUUCCGUCCGGGAUCACCGAUGACGAGCCAAUUUUCAAAAAGUACGAUGCUAAAGAUGAUUCCGUAGUUUUGUUCAAAAAGUUCAACGGAGGUAUAGUCGUCUACGAUGGCAAACCGGACGAAGUCGAAUUCAGGAAAUUCGUUCAAUCCAACGCUCUUCCGCUUCUCGUCGAAUUCAACCACGAUACCGCUCAAAAUAUUUUCGGCAUGGAAAUCAAGAGCCAGAUCCGUCGUCAAACCGUACAAAGAAAAGGUCCUGUUCAUCACCAUCGACGCCGAAGAGGAGUACCUUCAAAUAAUCCUCGAAUUCUUCGGCAUGAGCAAGAAGGAAGUACCGGCCGCGCGUUUGAUCAAUUGGAAGAGGACAUGGCCAAGUACAAGCCGUCUACUGAUGAUUGGACGCGCAAGAACCUCAAGCAGUUCGUUGACGAUUUCUUGGAAGUCAAAUUGAAGGAACACCUUUUGAGCCAAGAGUUGCCCGAGGAUUGGGACAAGGAAGAUGUUAAGGUGCUGGUCGCCACCAAUUUCGAUACCGUCGCAUUGGACACCAAGAAAAACGUUCUGGUCGAGUUCUACGCGUCCUGGUGCGGCCAUUGCAAGCAACUCGUUCCCAUCUACGACAAAGAGACAACGCCGACGUCAUCAUAGCCAAAAUAGACGCGACCGUCAACGAGUUGGAGCACACCAAAGUCCCGAGCUUCCCCACCAUAAAAUUGUACACCAAGGGCGAGAACCAGGCUAUUGAAUACACUAUAAUACUCUUGACAGACUACUAUAUGAAGAGUAUAAAAAUUAGUCUGUUUUUUAACCUCUUCAUUUUUUAUGUAUGUUUAGCGAUUAUUCUUUAACA